AUGGCGACUCCCACGAAUCCGUCUGCUCCUCAGAACUUGGCCGGUUCGAACGGGCCCCCUGUAAUGAGGAUUCGUCGUCCGAGAGCCGCAGAUCCCCUGGUGCGUCCUAAGAAGAGGCCUGGUCCAAGGCCACCGAACGCUGCGCCGGCUCCUAGGCCGCCGCCAAAUGGCUCAGCGGGCAUCAAUCCACAGACAAAUGCACAGCUUCCGUCUAAUACGCGACCCGGUUCGAAUGCGCCUAGAACAAAGGUCGUCCCUCCCGGGGAGGACAUGGCGGUUAACGGGUUUAGUGGCCCUCUGCUUUCAGAUACUUAUGUGGACUAUCCCCUAGUGACCACAAAGCGUGCUUGGCGCGAAGGACUGAAAUUCCAUGUGGCCAAGUUCGCGUCUAAGAAGAAUAUCGAUCCCCGUGACGAAUCUCAGUUCACUCGACCGGUCAGACUCCAGCGGAGAGAUCCGCGAGCGAAGACACACGAAGGAGGGGGUGAAAAGACUGCAGAUGGCAAGAAGACGGGAGAAGGGGCGAAUCCGCUCGAUGAAGCUGAGCGUGAGGAGAUCGAAGCAAGAAAGGCUGCAAGAGAAAAGGAGCGCGAGGAGAAUCUUGCGCAGAUAGCUCCCUCAGCGGCAACUGUACAGAGGAGAGCGAAUGCUCCCAAACAGAAGACUCAACAGGUGUCUAGGGCUGAGAUGACACCGGAAGAAAUAGCUCGGGCGCGGGUUAAAUACGAAGAAGCUCUACCCUGGCACUUGGAAGAUUUCGAUAACAAAAACACGUGGGUUGGAAGUUAUGAGGCCGCCCUGUCUGAGACGUAUGCAAUGUUCGUACUGGAAGACACUGGCCGAAUGAGGAUGAUCCCGAUCGACAAGUGGUACAAAUUUAGCGCAAAGAACCAGUUCAGGACUUUGACGAUUGAGGAGGCAGAGAAAUUGAUGUCCAAGAAAACUAAGGAUCCUAGGUGGUUUAUGGAAAAGCAACAUGAGAUGGCACAGCAAAAGGAACUAGAAAAUUACGCCAAAUCACGGAAGGUCUACCGUGGUAAGCAAGGCGCUUCUGGUGGCGAGGCUCUAGAAGCAGAUGAAAUGGAUUUCGAAGAAGACAGAUUUGCGGACGAUGAGGAACAUGAUGCGAUUUUCGAUGAGGAUGAAGAGGCCAAGACGGCUGAAAAAAGAAUCAAGGAAGAUCAGUUAAAAGCAAACGUCUUUGACCUCAAAGAAGAAAAGGACUACGAGGAGGAAGAGCUCAAGGAGAAGAGGGAGAAAGAAGCGCGGAGGAUUCUGGGUAAGCGAGUACGAAAGGCGCUCCAAAGGCGGGAAAAGAAUUACGAUUAUAGCAGCGAAUCCGAUUUCAAUCCCUACUCCGACGAGGAGAGUUCCGAAGACUCGGAGGCAGAACGGUUGAAAGAAGAGGAGCGGAAGGCCGAAGAGGAGAAGAACAAGAAGGCAAAGGAGUCCGAGAAAAAUGGAGGGGGCUCUGCGAAAGGCGGAGAUACCCCCAGUGGACGCCCUAAGCAUACUGACCCCUUGAAAAAAGCGACUGGUCUCCCUGCUAGGAAACGCCCUGGUUCUCCAGGUCUGUCCGAUGCCAGUGGGACAGACACUUCCCGCAAGAAGCCAAAGAGCAAGCACGCUCCAACUCAGCCGGAGUCGCGUCCAAUGUCGCCAGCGGCAACGUCCGCAGUUCCGUUGAACAAGAAGCGUGCUCGGAAUCUGGGCCCGGGUUCUGGUAGUGAUAUCGAUGGCGGUGCUGCCUCAGCUGGUGAGAUGAGUGAAAGCGGUAAAACGAAGAAAUUCAAACUUAACCCCCCGACAGCACCCUCGCAUCAUGGAACGCCCCAAGGAUCCCGAGCCGGUAGUCCUAUCCCGCUGGGUGGUAAAGCCGUCGUCGCAAGCCGCGCCAGCAGCCCUGAAGGAGGCUCUAUGAAAGGCCAAACACGUGUCUCUACGCCUGGUCCGUCCCAACAGAGUUUCCCUACAGCGGCCGAGAUCCACGCUGCCAUCCCUGCCACCGGCAUCCUUAGCAGUGACCUGCUCAGGAUUUUCCGACCUCGCAUUGGCGAAUCGAGGGAAAACCACCGGAGAUUCAUCUCGAUUGUCAAAGAAGUCGGUGUAUAUGGCAAGGAGGACAGACUUUUGCGUCCAGGUGUCCUGAAAGAAACCUGA